AUGUUAUUUGCGUACUAUCUUCUCCCCCUGGUGGUUUCUGCCAUCAUCACCUGUGAUGUGCAAUUGAAAUCUGCUGAAGCUGAAGUCAGCAAGAGAGACGUCGAAAACGUCAACUACAAUAUUGCCUGGCACACGACGUUCAAAAUCGGUUCUGAAAACAAGGAAAUUCCUAUUUCCUUCAGUUUCAGAAACAAUGUCAAUUCUGUUUCUAACUACACCAACCUGGGCAGCUGGAAGCUGAGAUAUAACAGCACUUUGGGUGAUACCAUCGUUACAGACAAAUUGACGUUGGGUGACUAUGAGGUUGACGAUGUGGAAUUCAUUACUACUGAAGGUAAUGGCACUUUUGGAUCUCUUGGACUUGGACUGCCAUACACCGGCACAUGGGGGUACCACAAGAACUUUGUACAGCAACUCCAUGAGAACGGAGAUAUCGAGUCAAGUGUUCUUUCUCUCUGGGUCAAUCCAGGUAACACAACGGAGGGUCAGUUUGCAUUUGGUGGAAUUGAUGAGGCCAAAUAUGACGGCAGCCUUUUCCGCUUCCCAAUGGUGAACUCGUUUUCUUAUUUGGAGCAUUCACAAAACAUGGAAAUCAAGCUCGACUCCCUCAGUGCUUCAGCGGUGUCAUUCACUCAGCCAGUGGGUGUUGGAUUGAAUCCAGGCAUGCUGAAAUCUAGCUUGCCUCAGGGUUAUUUUGAUGCUUUUGGUAAGGCACUCGGUGGAAAGUUUGACAAGGCUGAGAAUAAAUAUUCCGUGGACAAGAAGUACUUGACUCUGAACGAAACCGUGAACUUUAUUUUCGGAAACUUCAACCUUUCUGUUCCAAUUUCUUCAUUGGUGGAGGAGAGCCUGGGUAAGGUCUACGCCACCAUUACAGCAAAUUAUAUUCCGGUAUUUGGUCUCGAUAUUCUUCAGCACGCAUAUAUUGCAAUUGAUUACGACAAUAGCGAGAUUGCCUUGGGACAGAGCAAAGCCAGCGCCUUGGAUUCGGAGAAAUUUGUCAACGCUACUUCCAACCUUGACACUAUUCUGUUGGCUUCUGGAGCUUCCGAGACUUCAUUAGCAAUUGAGAUUGUGAUGGCUCUGCAAUCUCUGGCCCAGAUUCAAUAUGCCUCACAGAGAUCGGCUGGUUCUCUCAGUGGUGGUGCUGCAUCGGCUGGUCCUGUGGUUGGCCUUUUCGGUCUAAUUGCUGGUGUUCUCAUGGCCAUCUGA